CGAAAAUGGUGAAAACCCCCAUUCACCAUCAUUAUCAGCAGAGACAAAACCAGUUUUAGACGAAACCGAAAUUGAAGUUGAUGGGAAGAGAGAAGAAGAAGAAGAGAAAGCGACGGAUGAAGGCAUCGGACCCGACGACGAAAACAACGGCGCAUUGGCGGGUCCAGAGGAGGAGGACCAGUCAAAGGAGUGAGAAACUCCGUCGCUGGAACCGGAACCAGAGAGAAAAACACAAAUAGAAACAUCUGUUCUACCAAAUUGCUUGCUGUUAAUGAUGUACGAGCCAAAGCUAUCAAUGGAGAAGAAUCUGCAGCUUCAUCGUUGUGGUCAUAAUCUUCCAUGGAAACUCCGACAAAGGUCUAGUAAUGAGAGUGCAAUGGCGUAUGUUUUCGAUUCAACCUUUGAUUGCAAAAAUAUUGAUGCUGCAAAAGAGAUAUACGGGGCCCUUCGCAUGUUUGUGAAAAUGCAUUUAAUGUGGAAUUCCAAAAUACUUAUAGACGGCGGAGACAAUGAAAUUGUGGCAACAUCUCUGCUUGAGGCCAACGUCUUAUACUAUCAUUGUUUUUCAGUAUCUAUGUUGGGCCUAAGUCAUUCCUCCGAGGACCUUUGGACGAUUCAAAAGCCAAUAAGACGAGACCACGGCUCUACUGUGAACUUUCUGAUUGUCCAGCGGAACUACUUCACCCCCCUGAAGAUUGUAACGUGAAUUCCACAUUGCCCUUCACUCUUCAGGUGUCUCAUUAGCCAGAUUGACCACUAAAUUUGUCGAGUUGAAGAUUUGUUUCUGCAGAUUGACCACAUUGCUUGGCUUGUUUCAUGGGUCAGGGAUAUAUUUGUUUACCUAUCUGGUGCAAUUAGUGCUUCUGGUCUUGGCUGCACCGGUGGAGUGGGUAGAGGACGAAUUUUUGCAAAUGGUCUUGGUGCAGGUGGUGGACAUGGUGGGAAAGGUGGUGAUGGAUACUAUAAUGGCACCUUCAUUAAUGGCGGUGUUGCGUAUGGUGAUCCCAAUCUCCCUUGUGAACUUGGCAGUGGUAAUGGAAAUGGUAGUCUUGCUGGCGAAACAGCAGGUGGUGGGAUUAUUGAUAAUUGAAGUGAUAUCGGGUUGAAAGCUAAGCGAUUGUGUAGAAAUGGUCAAGCGACCGUUGAAAAUUGAAGACUGAGAAGGCAUUUAGGAUUUUAGAAUCUUUUUUCAUGUACUAUUGUAGAAUGUAUAUAUAAACAUAAUAUUAAUAUUUUAUUUUGUGUAUUCAAAUGUAAAAGACAAAUGUUAUAGUUUCUAACAUAAUAUGAAUUUCAUUGA